UCGACCACUUCAGCAGCAUGAGAGCAACAACAGCCUUUGUCCUCUUGGCUCUGGCACUUACAGCCAUCUUCAGUGUAGAAUGUGAGCUACAGGAUCAGCAGGUUGACUGCAGUGAGUAUAAAAAGUUACCGCCAGGAGAAGAGAGAGUUUGUUUUAGAACAUAUGACCCAAUUUGUGGGUCUGAUGGCAAAACUUAUUACAAUGAUUGCACCUUCUGUUCCGAAGUUGUGGAUACUAACAACAAACUUAAGUUUGUACACUUCGGAGAGUGUUGAAUCUACCUUGUGAUUCCAAUUCACAAGAGACAUUUCUUCUCCCAUAUAAUCUUGCCACUAUUACAUCCUGAUUUCUCUGUAGA